GUUAUUUACAUUGGACAAUAAAACUAUGUAUAAAAAUUGGUUUUGUAAAGAUAUAGUUUAGACAGGUAUCAGUAAAGUGUUAAGGAUGACCGGUUUUUUAUUCAUACUGUUGGUGGCUAGUUCUGCAUUAGCAAAACCAGUGAAUCGUAUUCAGGACAAUCUUCUUCGUUCCGUUCAGGCUCCGAAUGCUGACAAUAGCGUGAGAGUGGGUGUAUCCGAUAUUAAAUAUUAUAGCAAACAAGAUCAAAUCAGCAAAUAUUAUCUAUACACGAGACAUAACCCUACAUCAGCUCAGAGAUUAGUGAUAAACAAUGCCAACAGUAUCACUUCGUCCGAGUUCAAUGUCAAGAACCCUGUUGUUGUGGUUAUUCACGGCUAUGUUGAUAACACUAAUUCUAGCUUUAACGGAGCUAUAAGGGAUGCGUAUCUUCAAAAAAGUGAUGUGAACAUCAUAAUGGUGGACUGGAGUCCGGUAGCCAAUGAUCUGUACUGGGCGUCGGUUAAAGGUGUACCAAGGAUUGGCCGCGGCCUGGCACAGUUCCUUAGCUUCCUAAACAAAGUCACUGGCGCCUCCUUUGGCAAUAUGCAUCUGAUUGGGUUCAGCCUGGGAGCUCAUGUCGCCGGCAUUGCUGGCAGGGAAUUAAGUGGCAGCGUAGCACGUAUUACUGGAUUAGAUCCAGCUGGACCGCUGUGGUAUGGUAAUUCAAAUUGUCUCAAACCAUCUGAUGCAGUAUAUGUAGAAGCUAUACACUCCGACGCCAGUAUUGUAGGCCUCGGUAUUGUAUUACCGGUAGCCGAUGCCGACUUCUUCCCCAAUGGAGGAACCAACCAACCUGGUUGCCACAACUUAUUCUGUAACCACAACAGAGCAUGGGAACUAUUUGCUGCCACUGUAACUUUCAACAAUCUGGUCGCCAACCGGUGUGCUAACAUGAUACAGGUUGCUACAAAUAGCUGUCGUGGUGACAAACUGCAUAUGGGCAACGAUGUCUUGAAUAAGAGAGGAUCUGGAUUAUAUCGAGUAGACACAAAAGCGGUGUAUCCAUUCUGAUGUAAUUUUUCAUAAGGCCUUUAGCACCUUGCCCGAAACAUGCAACCCGAAUGGUAUACCUAAGCUACGCUAAGAAAGAGGCCAUGUUUUUGGUUUUAUAGGCUCUGUCCUUCGUUUUACCCAAAUCUUUUAAUACUGCAUAGAUUUAAAAAAAAAACACGCAAUUAUGUUAUUGUUUUUAAGCUGCGUUUGGUGUCCAAUAUUAAGCUGUUGUUAUGUUUUAUACUCCUUGUGUUGCAGAUGUGUAAUAUUAUAUUGAAUGCAAU